AUGGAUCAAAUCUCUUUUGAGGGGUUCUAUGUCACCCUGCCCUCCAACGCCAGCCGCGAUGUAAUCAGGAGGAUGGUUGAGAAGUUCAAGGAAAGGAUGACUCCCUAUCCAGCAGAUAUAAAGGUGGGGAUUUUUCACCUCUACUGCUUUAGUGAUGUGACCUGCUCCAACAACUACGACAGCAGCAAUGACUACACAUUCUCCAACGACGACAGCUGCAUCAACGACAACACCUGCUCUAACAACAACAGCAGUAACAACAACACCUGCUCCGACAACGACAACUGCCUCAGCAACAACAGCUGCUCCAACAACUACACUUGCUCCGACAACAACAACAGCGUCAACAACUACACUUGCUCCGACAACAACAACUCGGGCAACAACUUCUCUUACUCCGACAACAACAACUGGGGCAACAACUACACCUGCUCCGACAACAACAACUGCAGCAACAACUACACCUGCACCGACAACAACAACAACUGGGGCAAUAACUUCUCUUGCUCCGACAACAACAACAACUGCGGCAACAACUACACCUGCUCCGACAACAACAACUGCGGCAACAACUACACCUGCACCAACAACAACAACUGCAGCAACAACUACACCUGCACCGACAAGGACAACUGCAUCAACAACUACACUUGCUCCGACAACAACAACAGCGUCAACAACUACACUUGCUCCAACAACAACAACAACUGGGGCAACAACUUCUCUUGCUCCAACAACAACAACUGGGGCAACAACUACACCUGCUCCGUCAACAACAACUGCAGCAAUAACUACACCUACUCCAUCAACAGUGACAGCAGCAACAACAACACCUGCUCCAACAACAAGUACUACAUCUGCCCCGACAACUACAACUGCUGCAAUAACUACACCUGCGGCAACAAUUAAAACUGCUCCAACAACAACUAGAGCUGCACCAACUACACCUGCAUCAACGACAACUACACCUGCUCCAACAACAACAAAAACUGGGUCAAUGACAACACCUGCUCAGACAACAAAUACGACAACCACGGCACCUGCUUCGACAACAAGUACUGGGUCAACAUCGACACCUGGUCCGACAGCAAUAUCUUCUUUGACAACAAUUUCGGCCCCUGAACCUUUUUAUAUUAUAUCAGCAAUCUUGCAAGGAAAAGAUUUUUCAGAUAACCUCAAUGACCCCAACAGCAGUGAAUUCAAAUAUCUUGAACAACAAAUUGUAACCACGUGCAAUAUCAUAUACAAAGGAGCAUUUGGCCGUCGGUUUAACCACUGCUUUGUUAAAAAGUUCAGGCCUGUUCCACCCUCAACACGAGUGGACGGGAUUCAAGCAGAUAUAGGGGUUGUGUUUAAUCGGACUACUCCCACUGCAGAUCUCCCACUGAAUAGUGUUGUUGCUCAAACCUUAGUAGAAGCUCUGAAUAAUUCCAUUAAUAGCUUCAACGUGAGCAUAAAUCCAAACACAGUCCAAGUAGUAGCAGGGCCAGUUCCAGAUGCAAAUACAACUGCCGCACCUGCAACUGUCAAUUCAACAACUGCUGGACCUGCAACUGCUGCACCCACAACUGUCGGACCUGCAACUGCUGCACCCACAACUGUCACACCUACAACUGCCGCACACACAACUGCCGCACCUACAACUGUAGCUGCUAGUUUCAGAUCUCUUCAAAGCACAUUUACAAGUGACUUGCUGAAUCCAUCAUCUGUAUCUUUUAGAAAUCGAGCUGCAAUGAUAGAGACACAGCUUGGACCUUUGUUCGCAAAGGAAUUCCCUUCCUCAUUCAAGUCCUUGGACGUGGUGUCAUUCAGAAAAGGAUCAGUCAUCAACGAAAUGAACCUUCGCUUUGCAAGCACAUUUUUUCCUAACAACACUAAGAUUGCGUAUGUUUUGAUGAGUGCAGCUUCACACGUCACCGGCUUCGACAUUGAAGGCAGCUCCAUCAACGUGAAUGGCUUAUCUUCAAGUGGAGUACGCCACAAAAUCAGUCUCGUCACCGCAUCCUGCCUGGUACUGUUGUCAUGGCUACUAUCAAGCCAGCAAUAGCAUCAUGAAUUGCCAGCAGAACAUAACUGCCAUCACUGGUAUGAAAAAGGACUUUGUCUGUAAAAAUUCAAGAUUCAUGAUUGUCUUCAGGCUUGUACGGCUUCGGAUGAACUUCCUAUCAAAUACAACUUUGCACUGACCAGACACAUUAAUAACAGUGGAUUAGGUAUGUCUGUUGAACAGAACAUAUUUCUGUGUGGGAAUGUCCAGGAUCCUGGGCUGGACAGAAUGACAGCCAUUUAAUCAUCACUCGAAUAAUAAGCCAAACAAUAUAACAGCACUUUGUAUUAAGCCCUGGGAUGUCAGAAAAUAAUUGCACUAUUUCACUAUUAAUGUAAAAUGUAUACAUGCAUCUUGCUCCUCUGAGCACUGUGCUAUAGCAAUAUUUAACUUAGUGUCAAUUUCUAAUGCUGUCUUCUUUAGUCUUGUUCACCAAACACUCUUACUAUUGUCUGAAUGCAGUUUAUAUUUAAACAUGCAGAUUGAGAAAUCUGAAUGCUAGAUUUCAAACUGGAUUGUUUGUAAAGUUAGUCUUCAUCAAGAUGGGUCAAGAUAAGCAGAUAUUAUUUACUUAUCUAAACCUUUCUGUAGUUUCCAAAUGCAUGUAAAAUUCAUGUUUAGGUUUCACUUGCUAACAUAGCAGCUUCACAGCUCCACAUUGUAAAGGGAACAAGUGUUAAAUUAAAUGAACACAUGCAGCUCAUAGUGGGCUGUGCCAUCCAUCCAUCCAUCCAUUUUCUACCACUUGGUCCCGUUAGGGGUCGCGGGUGACUGGAGCCUAUCCCAGUGACUCUGGGCCUUAGGCAGGGUACACCCUGGACAGUGGCC